AUGGUUAAAUGUAACUUUUUUGAAGCUUGCAUGAUUUAUUUGCUAAGCAUUUUGGAACCUUGUUGGGAAUUUGAGAUAAAGGUCUUUAAAAUAAUUUAUGAGUGCAGGGAAGAAGCACUCUCGGAUGCACUUCCAGAAACUGUAGAUAAAACCUAUUCAUAUCUUGUUGCUGCAUGCGAAGAUCACUCAAAAUUUGGAAAGUUUAGCUAUUGCAUGGGAGGACACAUCCAAAAGGGUGAAAUUACGGACGCUAGCAUGUCUGACUUAGAAAAAUGUUAUGGAGAAGUUGAAGAGAAGUAUGAUGUGGGACCUGAAAGACCAAUGUUUAGGGUUGGAUGAAGCAUAAAGGCUCUUUAUUGAGAUUUAUGUCUUUCUGUUACUUUUCUAAGUCCAAAAGCAUGUGUACAGACAAAUAAAGAAAUGUUUGUUAUUAUUAA